AUGAGGAGGGGGCUACACGGGGAGGGAGGGGGUGCGGGGGGUCCCUGCACCGCCCCUCCCCCAUCCCCCGCCGUGCCUCAGUUUCCCCUCGGCACCCGUGGGAACCCCGAGGUGCCGCCCCUUCCACCCCCCCCCCCCGCAGAUCACCGGCGGCACUCGGGGGGGGCCUGUUUUGGCCCCCCCCCCCCCCCGCCCCCCCCGCGCGCCCGGCCGGGGCGUGGGGGCCGCGGGGCCGGUUCAGCCGGUUCCCCGCGCCGGUUCCCACGCGCUCGGGCCCCGCUGGUUCCUCCCGUGCGCUCCGGGAGCGCGGCGGCGCUGGGGGAAACUGAGGCACGUGGGGAGGAGGGGAGGCGGCGGAGCGGUGUGCCCAGGUGUGCCCGAGCCCUGUACAGGUGUGCCCGAUCCCUGUGCAGGUGUGCCCAAGUAUGCUUGAGCCCUGUACAGGUGUGCCCCGGUGUGCCCAGGUGUGCCCAGGCGUGCCCGAGUCAUGUCCAAGUGUGCCUGAGCCCUGUGCAGGUGUGCCCAGUGUGCCCAGGUGUGCCCGAGUCAUGUCCAGGUGUGCCUGAGCCCUGUGCAGGUGUGCCCCAGUGUGCCCAGGUGUGCCCGAGUCAUGUCCAGGUGUGCCCAGGUGGGGGCCGCGUGGAGGUGCCACGCACCGUGACGGCCGUGCUGGGGCAGGACGUGGUGCUGCCGUGCCGGUACCGCGCGCAGGAGCAGGAGCAGGUGGUGCAGGUGACGUGGCUGAAGCGCAGCCCGGGCGCGGUGGCCACCGAGGUGGCCGUGCUGAACCCGCAGCACGGCGAGCACGUGCAGGAGCCGUUCGCCGGCCGCGUCCUGCGCCACGGCCACGGCGACCUGGAGGACGGGGCCAUCCUGCUGAGGAACGCCGUGCAGGGCGACGAGGGCGACUACGAGUGUCACCUGAUCACCUUCCCCAUGGGCAACUUCGAGGGGAGGCUCACGCUCAGGGUGCUGGUGCCACCGCUGCCCAUCCUGAACCCGGGCCCGCCGCUGGAGGAGGGCCAGGGCCGGACUCUGGCGGCCUCGUGCACGGCCGAGGGCAGCCCGGUGCCGUCGGUGCGGUGGGAGACCGAGGUGCGUGGCACCAACGCCACGCGGCGCUCGGCCCACGCGCGCUCGGCCUCGGUCACCAGCGAGUUCUUCCUGGUGCCCGGGCGCAGUAUGAACGGCAAGAGCCUCACCUGCGUGGUGGCACACCCCGGCCUGCGCCACGAGAAGAGGAUCACUCACCUGCUCAGCGUCGCCUACCUGUCGGACGCGUCGGUGCUGGGCCACACGGCCGAGUGGCAGGAGGGGAUGGAGGGGGCGGCGCUGACCUGCCUGGGGGACGGCAACCCCCCCCCGACCUACAACUGGACACGGGUGGACGCUCCGCUGCCCGCGGGUGUCCGGGCCAAGGGGGACACGCUGCUCUUCCAGCGGCCCCUGGCCGUGGCCGACGCCGGUGACUACGUGUGCCGAGUGUCCAACCGCGUGGCCGCCAAGGAGGCCCGGGCCAACGUCAGCAUCCGGGGACGUGCCACAGAGGACCCCGUGCGCGUGGAUCUGGUGUCGGCCUCGGUGGUCGUGGUCGGGGUCAUCGCCGCCGUCCUGCUCUGCGUCCUUGUCAUCGUCGUCGUGGUCAUGACCCUGUACCACAAACGCAAAACCCAGCGCAUCUCCGAGAAGUACGAGGAGGAGCUGACGCUGACCCGGGAAAAUUCCAUCCGGAGGCUCCACUCCAGCCACAGCAGUGACCCCCGGGCACAGCUGGAGGAGACGCUGCAGCUACGGACGGAAAGUCGCCAGGGCAGCCUGCGAGGGGACAGCCUCAGAGGGGACAGCCUCAGAGGGGACAGCCUGCGUGGCACCAGCAUCUGCUCUGCCAUGAGCGAGGAGCCCGAGGGCCGCAGUUACUCCACACUCUCCACGGUGCGGGAGAUCGAGACGCAGACGGAUGUCCCCCUUGUCUCCGUUGUCCCCGCUGUCCCCGCGGCGCCAGCACCGCCAGUCCCCGGCGGGAAGGAGGCCAAGGAGGAGGAGGAGGAGGGGGGCGGCGGGGGCGACCCCAUCAAGCAGGCCAUGACGCACUUUGUGCAGGAGAAUGGGAUGCUGCAGGCCAAGCCCAGCUCCAACGGCAUCUACAUCAAUGGCCGCGGCCACCUGGUGUGA